AUGACAUCACAGUUCUUAGGAAGACGGAAGAAUGAUGAUGAUGUAAAAGUAAAGACAAAGAUUGAUGAAACACUAUUUAGAAGAGUGUGGAAUAACAUAGUGCUAAGAAGAUUGAUAUGUUCAAAGAUUAAAGAUUAUCUAUCAAAAGAAGAUCGUGUUGCUUUGAUUGGAUCGGGCCUUGCAAGUGUAAUAGAAAGGUACAAGGCCGAUCCAUUACAAUUCAUUCAGAGCCAUAGCAAUAGUAACCUCGUUGCAAUCUUUUAUUAUGAGUUCCUCACGGCCGAUCUCUUUAAAUUUCAUUAUGAUACCUAUUGCAAGGAAAUAAGUGUUGCAGCAGUAAUAAAUGCCUUGUCAAUCAACAGACGAAACUAUAGAGACACAUGGCUGUUUCGUAGGGCGUUUGAUAUAUUAAAAGACAGAGGUUUGCGACCUGAAUCAAUGGAAUCUGCUAAUGUUGUCUAUAUUUGGCGAAGUGUGAUUAAAUCAAAUAAUGUCGAGUUGUACAACUAUACCAAGUCGGUACUUCCAAUGCUCGACAGACACCAUUUCAAAAAUGAGAUGGUUCCACGAGCAGCCAAACCAGAAAAUGAUCCUUGGAGUAAAAGUGUACAACCAAUGACCGGCACUGAUUUAUUGGCUCGAUUACUCCAAGAUCUCAUCGACUUUGACCCAACUGAUAAUUGGUUAGAGUUGGUAGAUUUCUCGUAUUUGGCAGAGAAUGGAUUAGUAGAUAUCCUCGAGACAAUACAUAUGCAUGCAGGCUCAUGUAUACAACUUUCUGUCUCUGACAAGCAGAGUCGUUGUCAACUCAAUGAACACACAAUGAUGGUGGCUAUCCAAAACAAUCAAAUCGAAUCUAUUAAGUGUCUCUACAAACUCUUCAAGAUUCCAUUUAGUCACGAGACUCUAAUGCUAGCAGCUCGUACUUGUGACCUCUCAUUCAUUAUUGCAUUGCACAAUAUCGAGCCUGAAGCCGGUCGUCUAUACACCAUCUUUCUUCAUGUCAUUAGCUCCACAUUCAACGCAUACCUUCGUUCAGAUGAUUUUAGAUGCAACAACUUUAGAAAAGAAUUCAUUGAUCAUGUGAAACCUCUUAAUUACAUCAACAAGAGACUUGAACAACAAAUCAACACUGAUCUUGCUAUUGGCAAGUGGCCAAGGAUCAAAUACCAACCAAGAAAUACCCAACACCAUUUUACAAUGUUUCAACAACACGAUACCCAAAUACCAUCAUUAUCAUUUGAUAAUAUAUAA